CAGUGGCAGCACCUUCGCUUACUGUCACAAGCGUUCAAUAUUUUUUCCAGUCAUUUGUCAUUUGACGUUCUGUGUGACUUUCUAUAUGUCAGUGCAGUAGAAGCCGGUGGUAGUGUCGGUAAAACAGCACAUCCAGCGCGCCGCUUGCAAAUUAGAAACAUGGAGAGCGCCGACGCCAUGCUCGGAGGUCACGCCGGCGGAGACCCCGCGCCCACCGCGGAAGCGCCGCACAUAGACUCUGCCAUGAAACGCGAUCAGGACUCGACGGACGACUUCGAGCACCUCGACCGCGAGGGCAAGCAGGAGGCUGGCGAGUCGCCACAGCAUCAUCAUCGCGCUGCCACGCAAAGCUUCCUCGAGAUGGAGCGUGGGCCGCUGGCAGAGCCGCCACGCGCGCCUUCCGCUACCGACAAGCUGGCCGAUCACAUCGCGGAUCAUAUCGCCGAUCACAUUGCUGAUAAGUUCACCGAUAGCGAGUCGGACGCCGACACGGCCGGCGAAUCGCCACUCCACAGGCCAGAGCCGCCCAAGCCAAGCGCUCCUGCGCCAGAGCCCGUACAUGACCCUACACCAGUGCUAGCCCCGACACCGGCUCCGGCACCGGCCCCGGCUCCGGCCCCCGUGGCCGCUCCCAUCGCGCCGCCGCCCGUGGAGAAGCCGGUAGAGCCUGUAGCCAAGCCGCCAGCAGCGGCGCCCGUGCGUGAACCCACCCCGGAACCGCCCGCGCCGCAGCCGAAGCAGGAGCCGGCGCCGCCGCCGCGGCCCGCGCCCGCCGAGCCCGAGCCGUCCCGCGCGCCCACCGCGCAUGUCAUCGAGGCGGAGGUCAUUUUCUGCCAGAUGGGACUGGAUGCCUGGUUCGACCCGCAGCGCCUGCACCCUGAAGUGGAGUCGCUGAUAUACUGGCGGUCGGCCGGGCGGUCGGGCGCGGCGCUGGGCGCGGGGCUGGCGCUGCUGGUGGCGCUGGCGUGCUGCUCGGUGGUGUCGGUGCUCGCGUACGCCUCGCUGCUCGCGCUCUCCGCCGCCGUCGCCUUCCGCAUAUACAAGAAUGUGCUGCAGGCCGUGCAGAAAACUAACGACGGACAUCCAUUCAAAUGGUUGUUGGAGAAGGACGUGAGCGUGUCGGCGGAGCGCGCGCAGUCGCUGGCGGCCGCCGCCACCGCGCAUCUCAACGCCGCCGUCGCUGAGCUGCGCAGACUGUUCCUGGUGGAGGAUCUGGUGGACUCGCUGAAGUUCGGCGUGCUGCUGUGGUGCCUCACGUACGUGGGCGCCUGCUUCAACGGCAUCACGCUCAUCAUACUCGGGUGGAUAGCGCUGUUCACUCUUCCCAAAGCGUACGAGAUGAACAAAGCGCAAGUGGAUGCGAACCUUGAACUGGCUCGCGCCAAGAUCAACGAGAUCUCAGCUAAGGUGCGCGCGGCCGUGCCGCUGGGCCGCAAGGCGGACAGCGACAAGGACAAGUAGGCGCCACGCCGGGGGACUGCACUCGCUGUUUGUUAUAUUUAUUAUUACUGUACCAUUAAAUAAAACCACUUACGUGUAAAGCUUUAUGAGACGAAUCAUGCGGAGAUUAUUGUAUUGCUUUUUGAAAUUUUAAAUUAAAAUAACUGUCGAACCGAUC